AUGUUCUUAACUGAUGUGAUUGAUCUGGUGAGUAAAGGGCCUCCCUCCCCUCAGAAAAGUACCUCGCAGCCUAACAGGCCGCAGCCAGGCCGCCGGCAGGAGCGGCAGGACACGGGGAAGCACCCACGACACGCACCGGCACAGGACCCACGCAGGGCAGCUCGCGUGCCCCCGCACGGCGCUGGCGGCCUCGAGGGCGAAGACACGCCGGGCCCGCAGUCCCAGGAGGAGCCGCCGCGGCCGCCGCUCCCUGUUGAGCCGGCGGGCAGGGGAAGGACGCGCUCCGUAACCAAGCAACGAGGGUGCCGCGGGUGGGAGAGAGGGCAGCGCCCGCUGCCACCCCUGGUGAGCGCACCCUGCCGGCGGGGAGGGCUCGGCCGGCGCCACGCCGCGACCCUCCAGCGCGUCCCACGCCGGCGGCAACGCCCGGGCGCAGGCGACACGCGUGACUGCCCCACCGUCCCCACAUCCCUCCCCGUGGGAGACGGAGAAGUGACGUCUUUUACAUGUCGGGCAUCGGUGGCAAUUUGUCCCCUUGGUGAGGUUGUAUCUGAAGGUCUGCGAGUUUUAGCGUCAUCUGGAGACGUCGUUAUAAAGGAGUCCCAGCAUAGCUGGAGGAGCAGAAGGUGGAAUAUGAAGUUGUUGAUCUGUGUUGAAGGAUUCCCAUCAGCUGUCCAGGCCAUUGAAGCAGUUCAGAACAGGAAAGAAGUGUUCGAUUGCCUCAUUGAAGAUGAAUCCUGUUAGCAGUCUGAUGCCAUUGAGUCACAGUGGGAUGUGGAAGAAAAGAACCUGCAUGUGAAGAGGUAUGUGUAUCAGGAAGUUCCAGUAAGAAGCAGCUGAAUGGCAAGAAGUAUUUGCACUAAAAAAAUCUUGGGAAGAAGGAAAAGUCCUUACACAUGGGUUUCCUCUUUAGGUUAAUAGUUGUGGUAAAAUGCAAAAUUAGUAUGCUGUGUUAUCUUACUGUAUCUGCUGUCUGCCAGGUCUGCUUGUAGCAAACCAGGGCCUUGUUCCUGGAGAACAUAGUUAGGUUGUAAGAAAGGUUCAAACCCUGGUUCAUAAACGUUUCUAGUUUUACAGCAUUAAGACUCUAGGUCUUGCAAGCCGAGGGAAUAAGCACCCAGUGUGAGCUGUUGUCAAGUUAAAUCACAAAUGCUAUAUUUUUUCCCUACUAACACACACAUAUUGCUAAGUAGUCAUUCCAGAAUUGAAUGUUGCCCAAAUAUCCUCUAGAUUCUCAACUUGAGCUUCAGAGGUGACAUCUGCAGAGAUUCUUUGAUUCUCUGAUACACAUGAAAACAGGGAAAGCUUUUUUCCCUUUCCCCAGGUAUUAUUAGUAUGUGCUCUUCUCUUAAUGAUCACAGUGAUGCUUGAAGCCUGGAGGUGUUUUUUUUAUUAACAUUAAGUAUUUAGUUAAACAGGUUAAGCCUCAUCUCUGUAGCUUGCAAAGUCCAAAAUUUAAUCAGUAGAUGAAUCCUUAUACUUAGCAAAUGGAUCUAGAUUUGGAAAACCUUGUGCAAGUUCAGUCCCUGGGUACACAUUAUUAUUUUUCUUAAUUAGCCUCACCAGAUCCCUAAGCUUUCUAGUAUCACAUGAGUUUUUUUCAUCUAAGUUAUUAGUCUGCUAAUGUUACAAGGAAGGGCUUUUUUUUUUUUUUCUUUUUAGAAAGAAAAGCAAUCAUUAAAAAAUGUUCAGUUGAUUGGAGAAAGUCUGAAAACAGUUUCUUUUCUCCUAAAUUAGCUGAGUCCACACCAUGUAGGAAAUCUUAGCACCAGUGCACAUCAUUGCUACAAUCCAAGUUCAUGCUGGACUGAGGCUGAGAUGCACAUGGGGCCCACAGGCUUUGGGAGGAAACCAGAGCACAUCCAGGAGGAGCUGAUGACACCCUCAAAUAGUCACCUUCAUCUAGGCAAUCAGAAAUCAGGACAGCAUGGUGCAUAUGAAAUAUAUACAGCCUGGUAUGAGCUCUCCAGAAAAUGACAGAGUUAUUGGGAAGAUAAAUAACAAUUACUUAAAGGAAAGAAAUGAGGCAAAAGCAUAAAUACUUUGCUAGCUCUUAUACGGCUUGCAUCUAGUUUGUCACUAGACACUAAGCCACGCCUUGGCAUCCUUUUCCAGCUGGCUGUGAAUCUCUGUUCGCACGGAACAGUCCAAAGGCCCACCAGCCCUGCUGAGAGAUGCUGCUCUCUACCUUUUGGCGUGCUACAGCCAAAGCACCAGUCUAGUCUGCCUCAAAAUGGCAGAACAUUUGCUCAAAGCUAUUCACUAAUGCUGUAGUUCUAUCAAGGAUAACAGCAUGUUUACAAAUAGGGUUUCACCAUGACACCCAGGUAGCAUUGUCCCAUUUUACAGACUGGGAGCUAGAAUGAAAAGAGUUUGAAUGACUUUCCAAAUUCCCCUAGUAGAACCAGUGGCAGAUUCGUAACUGAGUCUGUGCUUCUGACUGUAAGUAAGUAGAAAAUCAGAGGUAUGUAUCCUCAGGCUACUGGUUACUGUUUGCUCUCUCAGGGCAUCAACAUCUUUGUUUUAAUAUUUCUGAAACUUAAAUAUAUGUAAAAUGGCUGUAAAUACUCAGGGAAAAUAAAUUAAUUUUAAGCUGAAAUACUGAACUGUGAAGUGUGGCCACUGGGAAUACAGCACACAAACUUCUCUGACAGUUACACAUUGGGGCAGUAAUCUGCGGUAGGAGAGUGGAGUAAACAGGUUGGGGGGAACUAAUCUCUUAAAUCAGACAGUGUCAAUACUGAGAAGCUUUUUGGUUAGUUGCAAGGAUUUGAUCCAGCUGAGCUAAAGGAAAUACUAUUUUUUUUUUUCGGUGAUCAAUCCGUAUUGAAUUUUUUGUGCAGUAAGCAGCAAUAGAAAGGUUUUGUGGAAUUAGUAUUAUAAAUCACACAUUCAAUCCCUCUGUCGGUGUUGAAAGCAUUGUCAUUGUUCUAAUUGCUAUAUCCUAUCUUUGAUCCAUAACAAAUAUGCACGCCCAGCUCUACUAAUCUCCAUUAUGAUUGUGAGAUAUCUGUAUUUGCCAGCACUAUGCCAGAAGAAAUAGUUAAAAUUUUUCUUCCUCCUAUGAUUUUGGGCUUUGUUUUCUUUUUUUUUUUUUUUUCCCACUUGAUUGAAACACAUUAUUUAAAUAGUGGCAUUUCCUUAAAAUUCAACAUAAAAAUAAAUAAAAAGUUGGAAACAAGAUGGAUUCCUUUUAUUUAAAAAUAAUAAUAAUAAUAAUUGCAGUGAGAAAAUAAUUUGGUUGUUUUAAGUCAUUAUGAAUCCAGAUUUACUUUUUAGGAUGAUAUGACUAUAUUAUAUAUAUUAUAUACUAUUUUUAUAUGUGUGUAUAUAUAUAUAUAUUUAUAAUAUAUUAUAUAUACUUUCAGAUAUGUGCCAUUAUAUUAUAUAGCCCAAGAAAAAUUACGUUAGUUACUUCUAGAAGCCCAUCACACACAGCCUUUAUUAUAGGCACAAGGUCAGAGACACUCCUGGCUUUGAAGAAGGCUGUAAGCAAUAAAUGGAGAAAUUACAGCUAAACACCUGCCAAAAUCUUUCCUGGGCUCGGCCAUUUACUUGCUUUAGUGUAAAAAUUUUAUCAUAUUAUCUCUGCUCUCCAUUGUCUUUCAAGUUAAUACAGCAGAUUUUUCAGUUAGCUUUUCCAGUCCAACUCUUCUGUUCUCUUAGGACAACAGCUUGGCUGUGGAUACAUAGAUGUAGAUACAUACGUGUGUGCUUGUAGGUGUCGUAAGUUUUACGUCUGAAGAUUCAGGGUUGGGGGACAUAGAAAUCCCAUUCAAACACAAGAAAAAUGUUUGCAUCUGAUCAGUUUCUUCAGCAAAAGGAAAUGCCCUGAGAGAGUGAGAAGAGGCGUCUGUAGAUGUUGAAGUUCCAGCUGUGUCUAAGGGUAAUGUUAGAAAGGAUUUAAAGGACUUUUGUCACAGGAUGGAUGGUGAAGGGAAUAUUCCUAGAUAGUGAUCCUGAAAAGAGGAAAAGGAUUGUUUGUUCAGUGGUUAAUAGGAAAGCCACCCAAUCCAUCUAUGAAAUUGUUGGAAUGAAAGAGAGGAUCUCUCUCUUUUGGAGGGACUGAUGGAAAGGUCAGGUGUUGGAUUCCCUCCCUAUCAUUCCACUUUAAAUUGCUUCCUAAAAAGGAAUAAACCUGAAACCACAUGCACUGCAGAAAUACUUACGCAGCUGCCUUGUUGGCUGGGGAGGGGUGGAGAAGGAAUGAAAUAAAUCUGAUUCUUCCUUGUCUCUCCGGUAGCUGCACAGGGAACUGAGCCCACGUGAUGGCAGAAGGGAGGGCAUACAGUGAGUUAAGUGACCUUCCUGAUGUCAUUGUCUUAAAUCUGCUCAGCGGGGAGAUUCACCCUUAAAAUACUUGAAGCAGCAGCAGAAGGUUAGGACAACUGCUGGGUUAGGAACAGCUGCUGCCUCUGAGGAGUUCUAAAAUGUUACCAAACCUUCUUCAACUUUCCCAUAGGUGCUAAUUGACUAUUGUUUUUAUGGGUCUUGCUUUUGAUAUUAGGGUGUUACCUGUUGAUACUUACAUUCUCACAUUUCAACGUAAAACUAUGGGAUGUCUUACACAGGGCCUUUGGGCAUCCUUUUCCAGACCAAACAUCAUUUUUACUGUAUAUGGGUUACUGUAUGUGCCCCUGAUGAAGUAUGUGUGCUCAUGCUGCCAUGCAUCCCACAAUUGCUGGCUGUCCAGGUUAAUACAGCUGAAGAAAUUGUGCAGCUAAUGCAGCCUGAAUUCAUUUGUGCUCUGGGAACUGCAAUCUGGGUAAAGCUGUGGAGCUGCUCCCUGGAGAGGAGUUUAAACAAGCCAGCCUUGAUUUUUGUACAUUUGAUUCUUCAGAGAUGAAGCCAGCCAAGAAAGCCUUUUCACAAAUGGAUACUUGUCUCUCCCAACUGCUAUAGAGACAGAGACAGGGAAAUGAAUAAUUAUUUACAGGUAAAGAAGAACAGAGCAAACAACUUGAAAAUUAUGAUGCUAUGCAGUAAAAGAAAGGUAGUGGUCCUCUGCUCUCCAUUGCUCAAAAUCCAAGGUACAAACCCAAGUCCACCUUCUGCAUAGGAAGGUCAGUUUGCAGAAGAACUGAAGUAUUAUAUUGGCAUGGGUAUUACAAGCGGUUGAUCAACCUUGCAUCUCUUGCCCAGUAAGAUGUUUGGUUUACAGCAGUAAAACAGAUGAAGAUGUUUGGUUUACAUCAGUAAAACAGAUGUUCUCACUGAGAACUCACUGCAGGUUUUGGAGAAGCAAGACUCAUGGAGAGUGGAAAUACCUUUUUUUCAACCAGUCAACCAGCAUAUAUUGGGUGGUGGGGAGGAAAGGACAGACUUUGGUCCAUGAAGUCACUUGGGCAACUUUAA